UCUUUCAUUGUGAUCAAGAUGAUGUCCAAAAAGCUUCAUGGACUUGAAGAGUCUUGUCUGAGUUCCCAAUACGUUGACUUGGCAAAUCUCACGACGCAGCCUCAUUAUUUCCUUAAAGUGAGUAUGCUUAAGCUUAUUCUUAGCACGAAAACAUGAUCUCGAACAUACAUGCGUCGUGCGUGGUGUGAACAUGACCUACUAAUCAUAUCCACUCUGCUACGCUCGUUUCUUGGCCAAGACCUGUGGUGUCAAUGCCCAGGGAAGCAUGCUCCUCGUAUUCCAUGACGAAGCUGGGACGCUUGAACUGACAUGAAAGUUCGGUCAGCGAUAAGUGUCUCGUAAAGACACAGAGUCAGGGGCUAAAUGGUAAUCUGUGUAGUAUAUAUAGAGGUCCUCUCGCUGUACUAGUUGGUCACAUCACUCAUCCAUCUUCAUUCUCGCUUCAAACUCCCCAACUCAACUCCUCAUCCCAGACUCUUCACUUCCAACAACUAAUAUGAAGUUCACCGCUCUUGCCACCGCCAUCUUUGCCCUCGGCUUCGGUGCCGAGAUGGCUACCGCUGCUGAGUGUUGCCAAAUGAAGGUCUGCGAUAAGAUGAACCUUGGGGGCAACUGCAAGCACGGUUGCUAUCCUAUCAGGAAGACGGCCAAACUCAACUUGAGUGGACUCAAGUCGUCAGUCUCUUCAGCCAAGACUGAGAACAGAUGCUUCUGCACCAUUGGAAAGGAGGUUGAAUCCUGCAUGGAAGUUACCAGCAACGCCAAGGGUACAAAUGUCCCGAACCAUUGUCUUACCGGCGCCAAGUAUGCUUACUGUCAAUUCAAAUAAUCUCAAACCGCUUGACACCGCUUCGUCUCGACGCCACGAAGGAAGAUAUUCGUUACUCGGGUGGAAUACUGUGAUGCAUGUCGGGUAGUAAAGGAGUUCUUGGAUUAGAUUCAUGCAGUCAACUAUAAAGAAUGGAAUGCAACACCUUGGUAUAAGCUUGGAUUCAAGAAAUAGACCUUAUGACUCACCCCUAUCUUAUCCAUCCAGUUUGUAUGCAUGUACUGAACUGAAUCUCGACCGAUAUGUCAGUUCAACUCCAACAGGGAUAAACAAUAUGAUAGACACAAUCUGCCCAAAUCCACAGUAAUUCCCAUCGUAUUCUUCUCCCAUGUUCUCCUACAUUUGCUCCUGG